AUGGAUAGCGGGGAUAAGUUUUUCUUUCACAACUUCAUUUGUUCAUCGGAUGAUUCGUCCUCGGAUGAUGAAGAGAUUGUGGCGGCUGCAUUGGUUGUCCACGACCACAUUAAUAGGGAGUGGCCUCGAUUCAGGGGGCAGUACAAGGGGCAUGUGAAAGGUGCUAGUGUCAUACUUGAAGUGAUGGCUUCACAAGAUCUGUGGAUAUGGCAUUCUUUCUUCGGCAUGGCUGGUUCUCACAACGGUAUCGGUGUUCUUCAGCGUUCUUCGGUGUUUGCAAGGCUUGCAGAAGGCCACUACCCAGAGGUCAACUUUGAGGUCAAUGGCCACAAGUAUAAAAAGGGAUAUUACCUUGUUGGUGGUAUCUAUCCACAGUGGUCCACUCUUGUGAAGAUCAUAUCCAAUCCGCAAGGAGAGAAGAGACAGAGGUUUGCCCAAAUGCAGGAGAGUGCUAAGAAGGAUGUGGAGUGUGCUUUCGGUGUGCUUCAGUCUUGA